UCACCAUUUGCAACGCUCAAUGUUGUGAAAUCGUUAUGAGGAACAGUUUCAUUAAGAACAAUUAUUAAGGUUGUAUACUUUGUCAUACAAACAUUUCAAAGAAGCAUCAAUGUAUAUCAUUGUUCUGGGAGUAGAUGAGAAACCAGGAAUGAGAUGUGUGGAAAUUUUUAGCAAGUGAUGACAGACUUUGUGCUAGGAUGAAAGUGUUCACUAAUUGUACAGUUGUAUUGGAGUUUGAGGCAUGUACAUCAUACAAGGAGAAGUGUACAUGGAGAAAGACAAUAACAGAUAAUGGAGGUGUAAUAUCAUACAUCCUCACCAAGAAGGCUUCAUUUUUUGUUGUUUUCAACAAGAAAGGCACAAGUAUUUCAUACAAGUUACGGCAGUGUAACAGGCAUAAUAUUCCUGUGGUGAGCCCAAAAUAUGUACAACAAUGUGUUACUAAAAAUAGACUCCUUGAUACUGGCAAAUACAGGUUAGCGGACAUCAACAAUAAUCAGGAGUUUGGGAAAGGAAAAAUUCAGACAACACAUAAUGAAGUAGGUAGAGGUACAAGGCUUGUUAAGAAGAAGGUUGUCACAGUAAACUUGUCCAGUUAUCCUAGCUUCUUAUACGGUGAUGUAAAUGCUCCCGAGUUUGAUGAGGACACUUUCCAGUUACCAAAAUGGGCGCUUCUAAUAAAUAAGGAGACAAAGAAAAUGGAAGCAUUGGAGGUACAUGUUGCCACCAGACUGGACUGCCAGUUCAGGUACAGGUUAUAUGCACAGAAUGCUCAAGUUGACAAUAAUAAGGUGGUGAAAAUAGACGAGGCAAUAGUCUGGUACUUUCAGACGGUGUCGGAGGUACUGAGUGGUUAUGAGCAGUUGUAUAGACAAUAUGCCAACAAACCUGUGUGUAUGGUUCCUUGUAAACCAGGAUCAGUAGAUGUGCAAGACUUUGGAUCUGCUACUUUAAGAAUGAAAAUAGGAAAGUUAUCUCUCUUGAAUGAAGAAAUUUCCCCCCAGGUGGCAGCACUCACUUCAAUAGUCUGGAAUGAGGCCCUGACAGAGAUAAUUGAAGCGAAAGUGAUACUGUCUCAAUUAACGGAUAAGUUACUAGGCAACUAUGAUGAUGAUAUGGACAAGCUUAUAGAAGAAUUUUAUGAGGUUUUGCCUCAUAAAGAACAAUUUAAGAAGUCAAGUGAUUGGACUUUAAGAGAAGUCAUUGGUAAACAGGACCUUUGUCAGCUUUUAUCAGAUAUUGUUGCUGUAAGUAAAGCCACAGACUGGUCCCCUGAUACUACAGUUAUUGCUAAAUACAGAGCCAUGGGAUGUCAUAUAAAAUAUGUAAACCAGUCUGAUGCUGACUCAGCAGAAAUUUACAAGAUCUUGGAAGAGAAGCUAGCUAAAGAUAGAGGAAAGAUACAUGGUUUAUACAGAGUCAGGCGGACUGUGGAAGAGGUGAACUUUAUGUCGGAUGUGGGAAAUAUAAAUCUGCUGAGUCAUGCUUCACCCUGUCACAACAUGCUUGGAAUUUUGUCAAGGGGUUUAUUAAUGCCCAAUAUGGUAGCAGACAAAAUGGGUGUUGCAAGAACAGAUGUUGGAAACCUUGGUGCUGGGAUAUACUUCUCAGAUAAUCCUGGAAAAAGCUCCCAGUACUCUACAGCAAAUUCCCAGACUGGUACUAGGUUUAUGUUGCUGUGUAACGUAUCUCUAGGACACUGUUGUAAAAUGUACCAGACUGACUUCACUAUUACAUCAGCCCCUGAAGGUUUUGACUGUGUACAAGGUGUGAAAUCAUCAAAUGACAACCAGAGCUCAUUUGAGGAUAAUGAAUUUGUUAUAUACAACCCAAGUCAACAGUGUGUGAAAUACCUGGUUGAGUUUUCUCUACCGGGAGACAAUAUUACAGAACACCCAACUAUAAGAGAUGGAGAUCUACAGGUACUGAAAGGUUUAGAGGUCACAAAUCAGGACACUCAACCUCAGACUUCUUCAAAUACUGAUAUUGAUAUCUCAGAUAUUAAAGAUGUUCAAGAUCCUCUUGCCAAGGUUAAAGCAGGAUUACAAGGUAACAAGAAGGAACAUAUCCCUCUUAAAAGUGUACAUAUCAGAGGAAAAAUGAUGGACAUGGUGGCCAAGGUUGUGGUUCUACAAGCAUACAGAAAUGACAGUACAACUGCUAUAGAGGCCAAGUAUGUGUUCCCAUUGGAUGAUACAGCAGCAGUAUGUGGAUUUGAGGCUUUCAUUAACGGAAAACAUGUGAUAGGUGAAGUUAAAGAGAAGAGUAAAGCUAGGAAGGAAUAUAAAGAAGCUGUUGCCAGGGGUGAUGGGGCAUACCUAAUGGAAGAAGAGACACCUGAUGUAUUCUCAGUCAGUGUUGGUAAUUUACCUCCUAAAUGUGACGUCCUCAUCAAGAUCACAUACAUCUCAGAGCUGCAGGUCCAAGGGGAGGCAAUUGCAUUCACUAUUCCAGCUUCAGUAGCUCCAUGGUUACGAGAUGGAGCUCUGUCACAGAAGACACAGGCAACAACUGAAUCUGUUAAAGUGUCUGACAACAAGAGAUGUGACAUUUCUCUAAUGGUUGCCAUAGAGAUGCCAUUUGACAUUAGGAGAAUAUUUUCACCAUCCCACAGGGUCAAGUGGAAGAAAACAGCAACAAAAGCAGUUGUCUCCCUUCCCAGAAGGAGCAGAUUUGAUGAAGGUUUCCAGCUGUAUAUAUACCUGGCUGAAAUCCAUGUUCCUAGAAUGUGGGUGGAGAAACAUCCUACAGAAAAUACUCAGGCAUGUAUGCUGACAUUCUACCCUGAAUUUGAGACACAGUCUGUGACUGAGGCUAACAUUAUUAUUCUGUUAGACAUGUCUAAUUCAAUGAAAGGCCAACCUGAGGAACAGGCCAAGAAGGUGGCCCUGUUAGCUAUAGACAAUUUACCGCUGCAGUGCAAAUUCAACUUGGUUGUGUUUGGUAGUACAUAUAAAGAAUUGUUUCCAUCUCCUCAAUCAUGUAACAACUUCUCCUCUCAGUUGGCGAAACAGUUCAUCCAGGUAGCGUCUGCAAAUUUAGGUUCCACAGAAUUGUUAGAGCCUCUUCAUGCUACACAGAUAUUGUCGUCUGCUACAGUGUCGUCUGCUGAUCAAAGCUGCCUGAAUCUCUUUCUCAUCUCUGAUGGUCAUGUGACUCAGGAAUCUUCAAUUCUAUUGGCUGCUCAGAAAACUUCUCAGCAAAUCAGAAUUUUUUCACUUGGAGUCAGCUCGACAGUAAAUCAUCAUUUGUUGCGGAGUAUUUCAUCUGUAAGUGGCGGUACAUAUCAACAUUUUAAUCCUGAUACUAAAUCUCAGUGGAAAGGGAAACUACUCUCACAGCUUGAAAAGGCAUGCCAACUAAGUUUAACUAACGUGCAUGUUGAUUGGAUGCAGACCAAUGACAAAGCUACACCUCCAACACAAGCACCAAUUCAUAUCCCUUGUUUAUUUAGUGGUUGUCGGCAAGUUGUGUAUGGAUUUGUAGAGAGCUGCACUCAAGCAACACUAAAGGCCAAGGUUGGUAAUAAUGAAAUAUCUACAAUGGUGUCAACUGUGGAUCUCAAUAUAACAACUGGAACAAUGUUACAUCAGUUAACAGCUAGGGCAGUGAUUACAGACUAUGAGAAUGGAACCCUGGACGAUGACAGGAUCAAACAUCAGGUGAUCAAAAAUGAGAGGAAACAGUACAUCAUUGACUUGAGUAAGAAACACAGUAUAGUGACUCCAUACACCAGCUUUGUGGCAAUAGAGGACAGGCAUCAGGAUGAACAUGAUGUUUCCAUAAUUCCUUCCAUAGCUGAUCUCAUUGAGAAGGAAACAGUGGACAUUUUACCAUACAUAAGCUGGAAACCAGGUGUUGAAGAUAAAGAUGAGGACCCAAUAGCUAUAGUGAAAGAUAUUAUUAAGAGAGGUGAGAUUCAGGAAAGUUGCUCUAUGGUUCAGGCAGAGGACAUAUACAAUA